AGCAAAAGAUUACAACAGACACAAGCUCAAGUUGAUGAAGUUGUUGAUAUUAUGCGAGUAAACGUGGAAAAAGUGUUGGAAAGAGAUCAGAAAUUAUCUGAAUUGGAUGACAGAGCUGAUGCUUUAGAAGCUGGUGCCCAUCAGUUUGAGGCCACUUCUACUAAACUUAAGAAAAAAUUCUGGUGCCAAGAUAUGAAGGUUUCAUGUUACUACCAAUUUUAA